AAAUAAUAAACGUAAAUAAUUCGUAUUUACAACGCAACUUUAUUAUUUUCUGAAAAUUAUUCAUUUGUUAAUAAAUUAUUUGAAUAAAAAUAAAAUAUAAAUAAACGUUUAUUUAUUGAUAAGGCUAUUAAAUUUUUGCGUGAUUCAAAUAUAUAACACAAUUAUGGAGAGCAAAAAAUCAUGUGAGAUGAAUCAGGAAGUCGCAAAGUAUUUAUUCAAACAAGGUGGUACAUUAAUUGUAUUGGAUAUGUCACCUGGAACAGACUUUGGAAUAGAUUUAAAAUCAUGGACCACUGGAAGUAAUUUUAAAGGUAUCAAAAUGAUACCACCUGGAUUACAUUUCAUUCACUACAGUGCAACAAAUGAAUUUAAUGAAUCAGUACCCAGGGUUGGAUUUUUUCAUGUUUUUAAGGAAAAAGAUUUUAUUGUCAAACAAUGGGACAAAAAAGAAGAAGACAUGAGUUCUCUACCAAUUGAAGACGAAUUAGUAGAAAGACUUAAAACUAAUCAUAAAGAACUAGAUAAAUUUUUAGGUCCAUAUCCUUAUGAGAUGUUAAAUCAAUGGAAAGAAUUGACUGAUAAAAUUGAUGAUAAUAUUUUAGAACGAUGUCUGCCUUUGAGCGGUUUCGUCAGAUCAGCGUUAGAGUUAGAAAAUUACGACAAUGAGAUGCGUCUUAAAGAGAAUGAUAAAAAUAAACAACGACGAAGAGAGAGUGGACUGUCAGUAGAAGCUAAAGAAGAAUUAUUAUUACCAAAUUUAAAAGCUAAAAAAGGUACUGAGCUUAGAUUUACUGAAAUACCAGAAAGGAAUUAUCCAGAUGAUGCUACACCUGCUGAAAUAACAGAAUAUUCUUUAGAUUCAACGUACGCUCUUAAUGCGACUAUUCAAAAAAUGAAAGAUCAAUCAGAAAUAAUUGGCGAAUUACAAUUAGCAUUUGUCUGUUUUCUCGUCGGCCAGAGUCUCGAAGCAUUUGAGCACUGGAAGAAAUUAAUUGCUCUGAUUUGCGGCGCUGAGAAAGCGAUAUCAAAUCGCCGGAGUAUAUACGUUGAUUUUUUACAUAUUAUUGAAAUUCAAUUAUCCCACGCACCGGAAGACAUUCUUUGCGAUAUUGUCUCAAGUAAUAAUUUUGUUUAUCAUCAUCUACGUAAAUUAUUUGCUACUAUUGAAAUAAAUCCUGAAAUCGAAGGACGAUUAAAGUCUGAGGCAACAAGAUUGCAAACACGUCUCACUAAUAAAUUUUCAUGGGAUUUUUCAAACUUGCAAGAAGAAGAGUUUGACGAAGCACCAGUUGUUGUAGCCAUUGACUAAUUAUAUUUAUGCAUCUUUAUAUAAAUAUAUUGUAAAUAAACUUUUUGUAUCGAACUCUGGUUUUGUAAAUAAAUUAAUUUCA